GCAAAAAUCUGCCCGCAGCUGAAGUUUGAAGUCUGUUUCUUACAGCUGGAGCUGUUCUGAAACAAGAGUAAUUAUUUCUUUUACAUCUUUUAUACCACAAUGGAGCUGCAUCUCUCCAUCUUUGUCCCACUGCUUCUUUCUGCAGCAAGUGGUGCGAAUGGAGGGAAGAUUCUGGUGUGGUACACUGAUGGAAGCCACUGGAUUAAUAUUCGACCGGUACUGGAGACGCUGAUCGACAGAGGACACCAAGUGGUGGUUUUAGCCCCGAACACAUCGAUGUUCAUGAACAGUAGUGAACCCUCUCGUUUGCACUACGAGCCAUUUAACGUCUCCGUCUCAAUGGAGACGAAACAGAAGCUUAUUGAGGAGUUCCUUCACUUUUCCAUGUACGAGGUGGGUCACAUGCGCUACUUUCAGAUUUACAACAGAUUCAGCAAUUUUAUGAGGACCAACAUGAAUUAUUUCCUCAAAUUCUUGGACGGAGUGGUGAAAUCAGAAACCCUGAUGAUGAAGUUGAAACAGGGAAACUACGACCUGCUUUUUGCUGAUCCAAUUUACCCCGGCAGUGACCUGACUGCGGAUAUUUUGGGGAUCCCUCUCAUCUUUUCUUUACGAUUUUCCUUGGCUCAUAACUGGGAGAGAAUGUGUGGUCAGCUGCCUGCUCCACCUUCCUUUGUCCCCGGUGCUAUGAGCAAACUCACAGACAAGAUGAACUUUUCAGAGAGACUGUGGAACGUCCUCUUUUACGCUCUGCUGGAUAUCACAUCACAACACUUUGUGUGGAAAGAAUUGGAUAAAUAUUACUCUGAAAUCAAAGGUACACCUGUCAGUGCCUGUAAAAUGAUGGGCAAGGUAGACAUCUGGUUGAUGAGAACUUAUUGGGAUUUUGAUUUUCCUCGUCCGUUCCUUCCCAACUUCAAAUUUGUUGGAGGGAUCCACUGCAGACCAGCUAAACCUUUAUCAAAGGAUAUGGAAAGAUUGGUCCAAAGCUCUGGACAUGCUGGGAUCGUGAUCUUCUCUUUAGGAUCUUGGUUGAAGAACCUGACCAUAGAGAAAGCAAACAUGAUGGCCUCGGCCCUCGCGCAGAUUCCACAAAAGGUGCUGUGGAGAUACAGUGGAGAAAAACCCAAAAGUCUGGGUUCCAACACAAGAAUUUAUGACUGGAUUCCACAAAAUGACUUGCUGGGUCACCCUAAAACUAAAGUUUUCAUCACUCACGGUGGAACAAACGGGAUCUAUGAGGCCAUCUACCACGGUGUUCCCAUGGUGGGAAUCCCCAUGUUUGGUGACCAGCCAGACAACAUGGUGCACAUGGAGGCCAAAGGAGCUGCAGUUACUGUGAAGCUAAAUACGAUGACACCUGAGAGCCUCAUAGAUGCUGUCGAUACUGUUAUCAAUGAUGUAUCCUACAAAGAAAACAUGAUGCGACUGUCCAGAAUUCACCACGACAGACCCAUGAGUCCCCAGGAUGAGGCAGUUUUCUGGAUCGAAUUCACCAUGAGAAACAAAGGAGCAAAGCACCUGAGGGUUCAGGCCCAUGAACUCACCUGGUACCAGUAUCACAGCCUCGAUGUCCUAACCUUCCUCCUCACUGUAGUUCUGCUCCUCAUCUUCAUCCUCAUUAAGACCUGCAGCUUCUGUUUUCAGAGAUGUUGUGGCAGAAAAAAGACAAAGACAAAAGCUGAGUAAAACUUUUACAGAUGUAAAUUAAUUAUAGUGCAUUACAAAUUUAAUACAUACAUGUGCAUGUAGCGUUGUGGCAUUUUUAAAGUAUAAAUAUUUGCAAUUACGAAACAAACAAUAAAUAUUCUGCAAUAAAGAAAUACAACAUUUCCUCAAUUCUGACCAACUUUACAGGCCCUCCACUUCAAAAACAUCCCCACAGCAUGAUACUGUCAUCACCAUGCUUCACUGUGGGAAUGGCAGCAAAUUGUGUUUGUGCCCAAUCUAGCAUUCUGCUUCAUGGCAAAUACUGUAGAUGAAGAUUUAUUUUCAUGAGGAAAGUACUUUCAUACAGUCAGGGGAGUUAUCACAGUGUAAUGGUAAAACCUACAGCUUAUUCCCCCCUUCUUGUCCUUUUGGUUUACUGCAAUAGCUAAAUGUCUAUAAUUUGCAAUUUUUUGUUUACCAGCCUUAUUUAUAUAAUCAACUGUUGGUUGUAAAUUACUUUUACAAUUGCUUGCAAAACAGUGAUACAUUUUAUGUGUUUGUAAGCUAUGCCUGUGUUACAUAUUACAUUUUGAGAUGAAA